ACACGCAUUUUCACACGUCUGCAGAAUUUUGGCUGGACCUCGAACAAUCGCCAUGGCCGCCGCGAGAGAACUGGAGGAUUACCUCCAAACUGGAAGAUAUAAAGAUGGCUUGAGCAAGUGUAACAAGCUUUUGAAAAAGUCGCCGGCCAACAAUCAGCUUUUGUAUUUCAAGGCAAACUUCCUCUUCAGCAUGAUGCAACUCGACGAGGGCAAUCAGAUUCUUGAUCAGCUUUGUAGUAGAAAUCCUCCUAUUGUUGAUCUUACUCUUAUAUCGGAUCUGGAUGAACUGGCUACGAUGGCUGUGUUGGACGACUACCCACGCCCUCUGAGCAAUGGUCCGCGAGCUGGCAAGUUGUGGGCAAACGCGACGAAUGCGGCUGGCAAGAACGGUGUAGUUGCUAUCAAUCAAAAGAGAUUCACGAUUGCAGCAUUGAUUGCCAUGAAGAAGGCCGACCCUGCUAACAAGCGCUAUAAGCUCGCUCAUAUCGCUAUCCAACAACUGUUGAGUGAGGCAGACAAGGACGAAAAAGUGGCUGGCAUGAACCGCAUUCUUGCUUUCCGAACUCUGAAGCAGCUACCGGUUGAGGAUUCCGCACAACUGAGGCUCAUGAUGAAUCUCUAUCGAAGACAGGGUCAGAAGAAAGACAUGAUUGAAGCUCUGGACUCUUUUAAGGAUAAAAAAGACGAUAAGCUUGCCAAGCAGAUCAUUAACGAUUGGCCGUUCACCAGAGAGAAGAUUCAACUGUAUAUCGCAGAGUCUCGCUGGCAAGAGCUUUUCGACCUAUGCUCUUCCCUGCUUGGCGAAAAUUCUGUGGAAGGUGCACUGAGCAGAGUCAGAGAUGAUUGGGUCGUCUGGGAUGGCCUUGCGAAGGCUGCUUCCAAGCUCGGUGAGGAGGAUGUCAUACCUGCUGUCAACGAGAAAGACGAUUGGAGAAUCAAGCGACUACACACGAUGGCCAAGCUGCAGGCCACUGUUCUCUCAGAAGCAGAGACAGAUCCAGACGUCAAGUCUCAAAAGACUUUGCAGUCUGCCAAGGAGUUUUUCGUCGAGUGGCAGUCAUAUCCAUUCUGCUAUGGAGAUAUCAAAGAGUUUGUGGAUAAUCUACCAUCCGAGGCCCAGCAGGAUUUCCUCGGGCACGUCUCGGACUCGUCAUUGAGGCCCUCAAAACCAGAUGCUAAGAGGUCGGCNAAAGAUGUAAAA